AUGGCGGCUGGCGUGGCGACCUGGCUGCCGUUUGCGCGGGCGGCAGCGGUGGGCUGGCUGCCGCUGGCCAAGAAGACGAUGCCCAAACCUCCAGUGGACAACUCGUCCAGAUCAGAUGAGAUCCUGUACGUCAAUGUCAGCGGGGUCAGGUUUCAGACGUGGAAGAACACUCUGGACCGUUACCCUGACACGCUGCUGGGUUCCUCAGAGAAGGAGUUUUUCUACAAUGAGGACACGCAGGAGUACUUCUUUGACAGGGACCCUGAAAUGUUCCGACACAUUCUGAACUUUUACCGCACUGGGAAGCUCCACUACCCGAGAAACGAGUGCAUCCAGGCCUUCGACGAGGAGCUGGCCUUCUACGGCAUCGUGCCAGAGAUCAUCGGAGACUGCUGCAUGGAGGAAUACCGAGAUAGGAAAAAGGAAAACCAGGAGCGUCUGGCGGAGGACACAGAGGCCAACGAGGCGAUGGACGCCCCCCUCCCUCCGCACAGCACCUCCAGGGAGCGUCUGUGGCGAGCAUUCGAGAACCCCCACACCUCCACCAUGGCGUUGGUCUUCUACUACGUCACCGGCUUCUUCAUUGCUGUCUCCGUCAUCGCCAACGUGGUGGAGACGGUCCCCUGCCGGCCCCCCAAGGGCAGCGUUAAAGACCUCCCCUGCGGGGAGAAGUACCAGCUGGCCUUCUUCUGCAUGGACACGGCCUGCGUGCUCAUCUUUACCUUCGAGUACCUGAUGCGUCUGUUCGCCGCUCCCAGCCGCUGCAAGUUCAUGCGCUCGGUGAUGUCGGUGAUCGACGUGGUGGCCAUCAUGCCCUACUACAUCGGCCUGGUGAUGCCCGAGAACGAGGACGUGAGCGGUGCCUUCGUCACCCUUCGGGUUUUCCGUGUCUUCCGGAUCUUCAAGUUCUCGCGUCACUCGCAGGGUUUGAGGAUUUUGGGCUACACGCUGAAGAGCUGCGCCUCCGAGCUCGGCUUCCUGCUCUUCUCCCUCACCAUGGCCAUCAUCAUCUUCGCCACUGUCAUGUUCUACGCCGAGAAGGGCACCAAGGGCUCCACCUUCACCUCCAUCCCGGCCUCCUUCUGGUACACCAUCGUCACCAUGACAACGCUCGGCUACGGUGACAUGGUUCCCAACACCAUCGCGGGGAAGAUCUUCGGUUCGAUCUGCUCUCUGAGCGGCGUGCUGGUGAUCGCUCUGCCCGUCCCCGUCAUCGUCUCCAACUUCAGCCGGAUCUACCACCAGAACCAGAGAGCAGACAAGAUGAGAGCACAGCAGAAAGUGCGCUUGGCUCGGAUCCGCAUGGCAAAGAAAGGAACAACCAACGCCUUCCUCCAGUACAAAGAAGACAGAGCGAUUGGGGACCGGGACAGUGACAGCACGGCUCUGUGUGUGAAGAACAAAUCGGCGUUCGAGCAUCAACACCACCACCUGCUGCACUGUCUGGAGAAAACAACGAACCAUGAGUUCACAGACGAGAUGACCUACAGCGAGCUGUGUAUGACAGAGUCGGUAGGCUUCCGGACCAGCCGCAGCACCUCCCUGUCGAGCCAGCAGGGGGCGCAGAACAACUCCACCGGCUGCUGCCCCCGCCGGGCCAGGAGGAGAGCCGCCAUGCGACUGGCCAACUCCACGGUGUCCGUGAGCCGAGGCAGCAUCCAGGAGCUGGACACCCUGCACGUCAAGACCACCUCCAUACCCCCACAAACUCGGUCCAGUCUGAACGCCCAGGCGGACAACCUGAAGCUGAACUGCGGGGAACAAGACUUCACCGCCGCCAUCAUCAGCAUCCCCACGCCGCCCGCCAACACGCCUGACGAGAGCCUCCCCUCGUCGCCUGCCCCCAUCCCCGGCAUCCUGCGCAACACCCGCGCCACCGCCUACACCCAUGAAACCGUCAAAAUCUCCUCCUUAUAA